GCACAUUAAAUACAGUAUUUGCCAUUAUUUCAUCGCCAUUUUAAUUUUUAUAUACAUACAUAAUAAACCGUGACCCGGCCAUCGCACAAUCCGAAAGAAAAUACAACUAAAUAAACAUAUUAAUGCAUCGAAGUGGCGUUUAAAGUGCUCGUAAAUUAACAAGAAGUUAAAGAAUUUUGCUAAAUAAAAAUGUCCGCAGCCAAACGUAAACGUGCCCCUACUAAGAAAACAGCAAACAAAAAGAAAUACAAAGCAGAAUCCGAUAGUGAGGAUUACGGGUCUGAAUUCAGUGAUCAGGGGGACAAUGCUCCACCUGAUGAGAUUCUUAUCGAUGGCGAACUCGAGAAAGCAGAAAAACUACCAGAGGAGUUGUUAAAAUCUUUAUCCCGUGAUGGCGGUAAGUUGUUGAUCGCUGGUCAAGUCGCUUGGGAAAUGGCAGGAAAAAGAGAUGUUAAGAAGAUCAGUAUGAGCCAUCCGAAUUUAUAUACAUUCCAUCGGUUGACUGACAGAAAGUACAAGUUGGCAGUCAGUUCCUGUUCAGCAGUUCACUCUGUAUUGAUAACUGAAGAAGGAAAAGCUUAUACUAUUGGUCGAAAUCCUAGUGGCCAAUUGGGCGUCGGAGACACCAAAACAAGAGACAUGCCAACCGAGGUCACCGGUCUUGAAGAUUUGGUUAUCAUAGGCGCAGCAACCGGCAGACAUCAUACCUUAUUUUUAACAGAUACCGGUACCGUCUAUGCUUGUGGUGAUAAUAAAUUUGGGCAGUGCGGUGUUGGUAAUCAAACAGCAGUUGUGAAUAAACCUACAAGGAUAAAAUAUCGUGGUCCUCCUAUAAUCAAAGUAGGCUGUGGUGCUGAUUUUUCAGUUAUACUCGAUGUUAAAGGUGGUUUGCAUACAUUUGGUUUACCUGAAUUUGGACAACUAGGUCAUAAUACAGAAGGUAAAUACUUUGUGACUUCCAACAAAAUCUCAUUCCAUUGUAUCACAUCUCCAAAGAAAGUUGUUCUGUAUAUCGAAAAGGCUAAAGACGGUCAUGUUACACCAAUUGAUGCAGCACAAAUUGUCGAUUUCAGCUGUGGAACAAAUCAUACUGUUGCAAUUGAUUCACAAAAAAGGUGCUUCAGUUGGGGCUUUGGAGGAUUCGGUCGAUUGGGUCAUGCCGAACCGAAGGAUGAAUUUGUACCCAGAUUAAUAAAAUACUUCGAUUCGCAAAGCCGUGGAGUACGAAGUGUGUAUUGUGGUGGACAAUACAGUUUGGCAAUAAACGAUUUAGGUCAAUUAUUCUUAUUUGGACAAAAUAAAAAGACUGGUGAAGCUAAUAUGUAUCCUAAACCUGUACAAGACUUAAGUGGUUGGAAUAUAACUGCCAUUGGUACAAGUAAUACCUCGAUCAUGAUCUCAGCUGAUGACACUUUAAUCGCUUGGGGUGCCUCACCGACUUACGGAGAACUUGGUCUCGGCGAUCUCCAGAAGUCUUCGUCGACCCCGAAAGAAGUCUCGCGAUUAGAAGGAAUGAAGAUUCCGCAAGUUACGAUGGGAUAUUCGCACACUCUCCUCCUGGUCGACACAGAUGAUGCAAAAACGCUCGAAAAGUAUGAAAAGAUGCCAGUGUUCGAAAUCGAUCCUUAAACCGAAGUAAUGCAAUAACUACUAGGUGUUUUAUUUUACCUGCACGUUUUAUUAUCAUAUCGUGUCGCGAUACACGAGGUUAUGGAUGUUAGUAAAUAAUAAUUGUAAUCGUAAGUGAAUUAUCUCUUCUCGCAAAUAUAUACCUCAGAUAUAAUAAAAAAUAAACCUCCCUCUCGAAACGUUAUUGGUUGAUAGUAAUCGCUGUUUUAAUAAAUAAAUGUGAGUUUAUCGAGAGGUAACCUUAGAUGUUAAGCGCAAAAUUGGUAACAUUCUCUUUUUCUAUUUAUUGAAAUGUCAAUUUUAAACUAUCAGUAUUAUGUGAUCAAAUAUUUUACACUUUACAUGGAUUCGUAGGAGAUCUGAUGACUGUUUUUUUAUACAAGAAUUA